AUGGAAUCGCUUUAUGGUGCGCAGGCGAUCCGUAUGAUUCAACUGAGGAGAUUACAGACUUGUCUGUCUACCAAUAAGCUCCAACGCGAGACAGAGAUUAGAGUAUGGUGGAAUGUUUGGAUGUGGGAUUGCUGGGAAAGUGCCGGAUCUUGCAUUAAGCAGCAGCUCACUAUUGAUCCUGACUUUCCCGUCCCCAUGGAGGAACACGCCUUUGAACGACUGGAUCCCAGUAUUGACCACUUGGAAUUUAUGAUUCAAAGCGAUGAGGUUACAUCUCGACAACCCGGUCUCUGGGCACAGAUGAUCCCAUUCACUGAAGUUGUGGCGCCAAUUAACGAAAUUCACGAGUUGACUGUUCAAAACCGCAUCUCAGAUGCUGAACUAUUCGACAAGAUUGAGGGGAUAGCAGACAAGCUUGAAACAUGGAAGUUGAAUCUUCCAAGUACAUUGCAUGUCACACCGACAAAUCUCGCAGCAUACAGUAGCACUGGCCUCGGCCGCACCCUGGUAGCUCUACACACAGGCUACCAUCAUUUCAGCCAACUCCUCUACUACCAAUUCUUACAUCAAAGUACCUCUACAGCGGCGGGGCGAAGUCCUCAAAUAGUUGAGUAUGCAAGGCGUUGUCGCAGCCACGCCGCGGAUUUGAGCAACCUCCUAUCACGUGCAAACUCAACACCAGGCUGCGAAUGCCGGUGGCUAAUGGUUGGACAUCUUCUUGCAGUUUCCUCGUCAAUUCAUCUGCACACUCUGCUUUUUGAUGAUGAUGAGAUUCAAAUCAGAAACGUAAAGAAGAUGCUUAGGCAAAACUUUGAGAUGAUGAUGGAAUUGCGCCAGUAUUGGCCUGGUAUUGACUUGGCUAUUUCGCGACUGCAAGUAUUCCAUCGGACAUGCCAGCAGAGUAUGGACACGGCAUUUGAUAUGGAUUAUUGGAUGUUGCAUUUUCUCCAACGCUUUGCAAAACCUAUCAGCGAUAGAUAUACAGCCAUACUCCCAGAGAUGGAUCAUCACGCCACGGGCUUGCCUGAAAUUCAUGGUAGUAUCGGUGAUAGUCAAGGUCAGGCUUUUGAUUAUAGGCCAUGGCUUGAUUUGAGUUAGGUUAUAAAUGUCGCUUAAGUAAUGUUUAGAUCAGUUUACUGUUGUAUAUUAAGAGC